AUUUCCAGAGUUUGUUUUGAAAAACGAGAUUUUUGUGAGUGAAGAGAUUUGGAGUAAUCAUGGGUUUAACUCCAAAUUUCAUUUCAUGGAUUCUUUUGCUAUCUCUCUUCACGGCGAUUCAACUAACGUCGUCUCAACCCAACGCUCCACCACCACGCUCUCCAGACUCUGAUCUCUGCAACGGCGUGUUCGUUUCCUACACUUACUCAACCGGUACCAAGAUUAAACCGAACGACACAAAGAACCAGCCGUACCGGUUCGAAUCAGAGAUCACGGUGCUCAACAACGGCCGCGACGAGCUUAAAUCGUGGCGUGUCUUCGUUGAAUUCGCUCACCGCGAGAUUCUUGUUUCAGCCACCAACGCGGUUCUCUCCGAUGGUUCUAGCCUCCCGGUUAGCGUCGAGAACGGGACAAUCUUCGCCGGGUUUCCAUCGGCGGAUUUGAAGUCGGCGAUUAUGACGGCGGGUGACGUCAGCCAGAUGCAAGCACGUGUUAAGCUCGUGGGUACUCAGUUUGGAGUUGCGCCGCCGAAUGUUCCGCUUCCGAAGAACAUCACUCUUGUUAAUGAUGGAUGGUCUUGUCCUAAACCCACUCAACAAGGUAGGAAUGUUCUGCAAGUAUGUUGCACGCUGAAUUCGAACAUAACAACAGGCAACAUUGGUGAAAAGUUCCUUCCCAGGCAAGAAGGAGAUCUAACCAUAAUGUACGAUGUGACCAAAGCCUAUCAGUCGAAUUACUUGGCGCAAGUCACUAUCGAGAAUCAUAACCUGCUUGGUCGGCUUGACAAUUGGAAUCUAAGUUUUUUGUGGAUGAAAGAUGAGUUUAUCUUCACAACCAAAGGAGCUUAUCCGAGUGUUGUCGAUUCAUCGGAUUGCAUCAAUGGUCCUCAAGCAAAAUACUAUAAAGAUCUUGACUUCUCUCAUGUCUUGAGCUGUGCAAGAAGGCCACACAUCAUAGACCUCCCUCUGACUAAGUAUAACGAUACCGAUUUCGGGCGUAUCCCGUAUUGCUGCAGAAACGGAACGAUUCUGCCACGGUCCAUGGAUCCAGAGAAGUCAAAAUCAGUCUUUCAAAUACAAGUUUACAAAAUGCCUCCAGAUCUCAACAUGUCUGCUAUAACACCUCCCCAGAGCUGGCAGAUUAAAGGGAACCUUAACCCGGAUUACAAAUGUGGUCCUCCUGUUCGAGUCAGCUCGAGCCAGUUCCCUGAUCCAAGCGGUUUACCUUCCAACCGGAGUGCAUUUGCUAGCUGGCAAGUCGUCUGCAACAUCACCCAACCAACUACUCCUAAAUGCUGUGUCUCAUUCUCUUCUUACUUCAAUGACUCGAUAAUCCCCUGUAAUACCUGCGCUUGUGGAGGUUGCACUAGCGACAGAGUGGCGCGUACUUGCAGCACAACUUCUCCAGCUCUUCUUCUUCCAUCUCAGGCUCUUCUUAUUCCGUUUGAGAACCGAACCAAACUUACCACAGCUUGGGCAGAGUUAAAACACCGGAAAGUCCCGGACCCAUUGCCUUGUGGAGAUAACUGUGGAGUCAGCAUAAACUGGCAUCUAGCCACGGACUAUCGAGGCGGAUGGACUGCUCGGGUCACACUCUUCAACUGGGGUGAAACUGACUUCGUGGAUUGGUUUACCGCGGUUGAACUGAGAAAUGCUGCACCCGGUUUUGAGAAAGCGUACUCGUUUAACGGAACUACCAUCGCUAUCAACGGAAAGAACACCACUGUUUUAAUGGAAGGGCUCCCUGGACUGAACUAUCUCCUUGCAGAGAGAGACGGAAAAAACCCGAAUAAGGACUUUCGGUUACCCGGGAAACAGCAGUCGGUUAUCUCCUUCACCAAGAAACUAACUCCUGGACUUAAAGUUGGUUCCAGAGAUGGGUUCCCGACCAAAGUAUUAUUCAACGGCCAAGAAUGUUCACUCCCUUCUGUACUACCAACGAACAACGGUCACAAGAAACAUGUAUCCACUUUUCUUCUCAUGGCGACACCAUUUUUGGCUCUACUGUUUCUGCGGAUUUAAGAGUUCCAGUGAAAGGAGCUUCCCCAUUAGCCAGAAAAUAUACACAGUUUUCUUGAUUCUUUCUAACCAGAUUUGUUACAGAACAAGUAGUCGUGCUUUGUGCAGCGUGUGAUUCUUGAUUUUCUUACGAUCAGAUUUUAGUAAUCAGUAUCAGUAUGUAUACAUACAUUAAACAAAUAAAGUCCUUGUGUUUUG